AUGGGUUCUUCAUUUCCAAAUUUUUAUGUGAAUCUUGGAGAUUCUGGAGAUUACCCGAAUAGUCAGUACAAUGAAAACACUAUGUUUCUUUCAAACCCGAGUCAUGUUCAUGUCACUGAAAAUUUUCAAACCUCACCAAAUACUGAGAAACAUACACGAAGUACUAAAUGGGAUGUUGCUGAAGAUGUCGCUUUAAUGUCAUCAUGGUGUCUUGCUAGUGAAAAUAAAAUUCGUGGCAAGAACCAGAGAUCUAUGGCAUUGUGGGCAGAAGUAAAGAAGUUGUAUGACGAAGCUCAGGCAGAAAAUCCAGAAAAGCUUGGUGUAAGGAAUGUAGAACAAAUGAAAGGUCGUUAUAAACGGCUUAACGAAAGUGUCCAAAAGUGGGUUGGUGCAUACCGGGAAGCAUAUCGUCGCGUAAAAAGCGGAAUGAGCCAGAGAGAUGUUGAGGGUGAAGCUCAUAAAAUUUAUGAGCAUGAAGUUAAAAGCAAGUUCACUGAUUCUGUGGUUUUUAAUGAAGUUAUGUGUAAACACCCGAAGUGGGAGCUACAAAUACAUCGCGACACAACACGUUCUCGUCCAGAAUGUGAAACGGAGGAAGCAGAAAGCGGAGGCAGUACGAAAAGAUCAAGAACUACUGAAGAAGGGAACUAUUCCAAGCCAGAAACACCAAAUAGUGGUGGUUCCACAAUUCAACGUCCAACAGGUAGAGAUGCAGCUAAAAAAAGGGUAAAGGUAAGAGACACUGAGAAUGAACUUUUUAAAAGAAAACUCGACCUGGAGCAAGAAAAACUACGUCAAAAGGAUGAAAGAGACACGAAGAAAAUGCAACUUCUGCAUCUUAACACUCUUUUAGCAAAGGAUCAUUUGACGCCUCAAGAUGAAGACAUGAAAAACUUUCUGAUGUCGAAGUUUUAUGGAAAAUGA